UGAGCUAGAUAGAAGACCUCCAAGCUCCCUUCCAACUUUGUUAUUCUGUAAAGCUUGCUCAUUUGUGGCUUGGAAACGUGUAGAAACCCACCACGGUCAGCAAACCAUGAUGAAAGCAAAGCUUAUGGGAUGCUGUCUGAACUGCACAAUAGGGAAAAGGCUAACCUAUUUUCUAAAGCAGGCAAAUGACGGUUCCAUACAAGCCCUGAUCAGGGAGUGUAACGUGGCUCCCUCUGGUUACUGUUUGCAGCUCCCAGGGAAACCUGCCAGCGAGCCCUGGACAAAGGGCUGGGCUGACUUCCAGGACUGGGAGUAAACUAUGAUAAAGCCACGAUUAAGGCCGGUCUCCAUCAUCACCGCAGCCUCUUUGGACUCGGCAGAACCACCGUCUCGCCUGCCUCCCUACUACGCAGCCCAUCCUCCACAGCCAUCUCAGCCUUGCCAGGUGCCGGAUAGGGGAUCCCUCCUCCGACUCCCUCCCCCUCGAACUUCGGGGGAAAGCAGGGAGGGAGGAUGCCCGGCCGCCUCUUGCCAAUCCCUGGCAGGAGGGAGGGAGGGAGGAAAAGGCUCCGGGCUUCUCCAGACUCCGCCCGGCUGUCAAAGAGGCGGCUCUCCCGGCGCCCUCCGAGGCGCCGCUCUAGGAAGCUCCUCUCGUUCUCCCUGCGCCCGGCGCCCUCCGAGGGGGAAGCGGCGCUUUCCGCACCCCGAAACUCCGGCCGCUCCAUCGGAGGAGGAGAGGGAGGAGGGGCCAGAGCGCCCACUCUGCCGUGGGACAGGAAAUGGAAGCGGAAAGGGCGAGGAGACGCCUCCGAGGCGCCUCUCUAGGACGUUCCUCUCGUUCUCCCUAAUCCUCCCCCCCCCAGCUCUGACGUUCCAGAGCUCCGUUGCGGAGGAUUUUCCUUCUCCGCCUUUUCCCCCCGGGCGGCAUUUUGGGCGGCGGUGCAACUUCUGGGCGUCCGGCAAGGCUGCUCCUCGGCCCCGCUCCGGGCAGGUGGGGCUGCUCCUGCUCUCCCUCGGCCGGCCAGGAGGAAGCAGGGGACACCGGGAAAAGUGGACAAAAUUCCAGUUCUGAGAUUUUCUGCGUUUGGAAAGCCCUGCAACUGAGAAGGCGCCGGAAAUUAUGCUGAAAUAAUAGGAGGUCCCCUCAGAGGAACCAGGAGAGACUCUUCAAGUGCUCUGAGUGCGAGAUAACCUUUGCUCACAAAUCCCUCCUUUUGAUUAACCGGAAGCUGGACAUAGGGAAUGGAUCCCAUUUGUGUUUGAAGUGUGCGAAGUCGUUUCAUGGUUGUGAAGCUUUGCCAAGCAUCUCCGCAGCCACCCCGGACUGAAGCCCUACAAAUGUGGAGAGUGUGGGAACCAUUUUGCUAAAGACUGGGACAUCAGAGCUCCUUAGCGUAUCCACCAGGGAAAGAGACCUCAGGAAGGCCUCAGUGUUUUUCCAGGCCUCAGAACAGCCCAACUGAAGAGAAACCCUGCAAUUGUGUGCAAUGUGGGCUUUGCUUUCCUCAAAUCUCAGAGAUGCUUAAACAUCAACAAAUCCACACUGGACAAAAACCUGAUCAAUGUCUGGAGUGGAGGAAAUCUUUUCUUUGAAAAAGGGUCUCCAAAUCCACGAGAAAAUUCAAAUGGAAAUAAAACCUUAUAAAUGCUUCGAGUGUGGAAAAUGUUUCACUCGGAGUUCAUCACUUUGCAAGCAUAAUAAAAAACAGACAAAGGAGGAAAGCAGAACGUGCCAAGAAUGUGGGAAAUGUCUUUCCAGCAAAUCAGCCCUGCAGCAACAUCAGAAAGUCCACACUGGGGAGAGACCUUAUCAAUGUCUGGAGUGUGGGAAAUGUUUUUCCAGCAAAUCAGCCCUGCAGCGACAUCAGAAGGUCCACACUGGGGAGAAGCCUUAUGAAUGUCGGGAAUGUGGGAAAUGUUUUUCCAGCAAAUCACUCCUGCAGCAACACCAGAUAAUCCACACUGGAGAAAGACCCCAUGAAUGCCCAGAAUGUGAGAAACGAUUUGGGCGUUCUUCUGCACUUUUGAGACACCAAAAGACGCACAUGAGAGAAAAACUCUAUAAAUGUAACGAUUGUGAGAAAUGUUUUUCUCAAAAGGGACAUCUUUUUCGACAUCAGAUCAUCCACACUGGGGAGAAACCCUACCAGUGCAUCGAGUGUGGAAAAUUUUUUGGUUCAAUAUCAAACCUCAGAUAUCAUGAGAAAAUUCACAGAGGGGAAAAAAAAUUCAAAUGUAUAGACUGUGGGAGAGCAUUUAUUUAUUCAUCUUAUCUUAGAAGUCACUGGCAAGUCCAUUUAGGAGAGAAGCCCCAUAAAUGCUCAGAGUGCGAUAAAUGUUUUUCUAGGAGACAUAGCCUUUUGAUUCAUCAGACAAUGCACAGUGGAGAGAAACCAUAUAAAUGUCCGGAGUGUGGGAAGUCUUUUUCUUGCCAACAAUAUCUUAGACAACACGAGACGAUUCACACAGAAAAGAAGCCUUACAAGCAUGUAGAAAAAAAUAAAAAUGAAAUGUGCUCACAAUGUGGAAAAUGUUUCUCCCAAAGAACACACCUAAUUCGACAUGAGAGACGUCACACUGGAGACAGGGCCUAUCAAUGCCCAGAAUGUGACAAGUGAUUUGUGGUGUCUGCUGAACUCCGGAGACACCAGAAGGCGCACACAGGAGAGAAGCCCUAUAAAUGUGGGGAGUGUGCGAAAGGUUUCCUCACAGCACCACUGCUUCGGGUUCACGAGAGAAUCCACACAAGGGAGAAGCCGUACAAAUGUGUGGAGUGUGGGAAAUGCUUUUCCCGGAAACAACACCUUGGACGUCAUCAAAAGGUCCAUAAAAGAAUGAAGCCAUAAAGACUCCUAAAGUGUAGAAAUGUUUUCUUAAGAGGGAGAUAUCAGAAAACUCACAUGGAGAAAGGCCUAACAGGCCCUGAUGGUGGAACAGUUUUUCAUAGUUGUUCAACCCAUAGAAGUCAUUUAACAGUUCCUAAAGGGGGGGGGGGAAUUAGAAACUCUUAGAUCAUGAGAGAGCAUUUUUUUUGUCAAUCAUCCCUUAAAAAUCAUACUUUAAUCAAAGUGUGUCAAACUCACAACAUUUCGUGACGUGUUGUGACUUUUACCAUUGCCGGCAAUGGGGUGGGCGCAGAUUUGCUAUGAUGUAUCCAGCCGCGAGCCGGGAGUUUGACACCCCUGUUCUAAUCCAUAUAGGAAAGAUGCAGCAUAAAUGAAGAGAAGGACGAGGGGGGACAUGAUAGCCGUGUUCCAAUAUCUCGGGCUGCCACAAAGAAGAGGG